CUUGUGCUGUUUCUGCAGAAAAAGAAGAACAAAUCAGUGUCCAAGUAUUCAGCAACACGCAGACUACUGCUAAAGAGUAAACUGCUGAAAAAGGCGGAAAGCCUGCUGGUGAAAGAGAAAGAGCAGAAGGAUUUGGAGAGAGAAAACACCCUGCAGGAGCGAGCACCGCCGCUGAACCUCUCCGGUCUAUCUGUUCAAGAGCUGCAGGAGCUUUGUAGAGAUUUGCACCACAAGAUUGAUGUUGUGGAUGAAGCGCGAUAUGACCUUAAUAUUAAAGUGACCAGAAAUGAUGCUGAGAUACUCUCAUUAACCCAGAAGGUCUAUGAGCUGAAGGGCAAAAUGAAGCGUCCGACUCUGCGGCGGGUGAAGAAGUCGGCGGACGCCAUGCUGGGAGCGUUAACAGACUCCAGAGUCUCCAAAGCAGACUUCAAAGCCAACCUCAAAACAGUGAAAAAGGAGGAAGAAAAGAAGGAAGAGGUCACAGACUGGAGGAAGAACGUGGAGGCGAUGUCUGGCAUGGAGGGCAGGAAGAAACUUUUCGAUGCCGGACAGUAAACAGGGUGAAAACUAGAUGCUAAAACUAGAUGCAAAACUCUAUUGUUAUGAAUUAAAGUCACAUUCUUUUGUUGUUAAAGAGGUAGUUCACACAAAAAAAAGAAAAUUCUGUCAUCUUUUAACUCACUUUUUCCUUGUUUAAAAUCUUUCAUUCAUCUGUUGAACACAUAAAGAUCUUUUGAAUAAUGUCGGAAGCUUGUAACCUUUGAUUUUCAUAUUUGUUUUUCCUACUAUGGGAGUCAAUGGUUACAGGUUUUCAGCUUUCUUCAAAAUAUCUUCAAAAUAUUCUUUAAAACUCACUCUCUACUUGUUUUUAAACCUUUUUGAGUUUUUUUUCAUCUGUUGAACACAAAAGAAGAUAUUUUGAAGAAUGUUGGAAACCUGUAAUCAUUGACUUUCAUAUUUGAUUUUCCUAUCAUGGGAGUCAAUGGUUACAGGUUUUCAGCUUUCUUCAGAAUAUCUUCUUUUGUGUUCCACACAACUCACUCUUAAGUCCCUCUUUACUUGUUCCAAACAUUUAAUUUAUUUUGUCUGCUGAACAUAAAAGAAGAUAGUAGGAAAAACAAACAUGAAAAUCAGUGGUUACAAGCUUUCAACAUUCUACAAAAUGAAUGUUGAAAGCUUGUAACCACUGAUUUUCAUUUUUGUUUUUCCAACUAUGAGUGAUUACAGGUUUUCAGCUUUCUUCAAUAUAUCUUUUUUUGUGUUCAACACAACUCAUUCUUAAGUCACUCUUUACUUGUAGUUUAUUUAGUUUAUUUUGUCUGCUGAGCAUAAAAGAAGAUAUUUUGAAGAAUGUUGGAAACUUGUAACCGCUGACAGCUUUCUUCAAAAUGUCUUCCUUUGUGUUUAACAAAUGAAAGAAAUUUGUAAAUGUUUGAAAGGAGUAAGUGUGAGUAAAGUAUGACAGAAUUUUCAUUUUUGGUGAACUGUCCCUUUAAUUCUGUAGUUGUUUUGAUUUGCCUGUUUGGCUUGAACACUAUAUUAAAUUUUGAUUUGCUGCUUAUACAUACA